GGAGAUAAAGGAUCUUAAACAGCAAGGAUAUCUUCAGAAGCGCUUCAAGAUUUUCUUUCAUUUAAAGAGUCAUUUAAUGGUCAUUUUUGAACAUUGAUAAAGAGCAGAUAGCUGACAUGGCUUUACUCAGUCUGUUGAUUUUGGGUGUGCUGGUUAAAGGCCACCUGGCUCUUACUCCUAAUGAUUGUGGGACUUCCUACAGGCGUCCAGCGUACACCGACAUCGCAGUGUUUUGCGGGACCGAGUCUAUUAGUUUGGCCAUCCAGGUGUGCCCGGUCAUUUACACUGGAUACAACGCGAGUUUGUUGAUUCUCAAUCGGGUCGCAAGUGACCCGUCGUGUCGGGGAACGCUGGAUGAGACCGCAAAUCCCCCGGUUGUGCGCUUCAACUUCCCCCUGAGACAAUUAGACUCCUGCGGCAGUGUCUUCCGCACCACCAGUGCUCCAGGGACCGGCAUCUUCUCGGACUUCUCUAACAUCCAGACAGUUAACAUCAGUGGGGUGGUCAGAUCUUUCGACCCCACAAUAGGAACAGUGACCUACAACGCCGAGCUGAGCUAUUUUUACUCCUGUGCAUAUCCUCUGGAGUACCUGAUCAACAAUACACAAGUUGAUGUGUCAUCCUCCUCCAUUGCAGUGAUUGACAACAAUGGUAGCUUCAUCAGCACUUUAAGCAUGCGGCUCUUCAAAGAUAUAAACUACACAACUCCACUCGUUAUCCCUGCUCUUGGUGUUGAGCUCAGAACCAGAAUCUACGUGCAAGUCAUUGCAGCAAACUUGACUUCACAGUAUCAUGUUCUGCUGGAUCGUUGUUAUGCCUCUAUCUCAGCCUUACCCACCAAUUCAACCUUUUUCAACCUAUUCGUCCCGUGCUCGCAGGAUCAGAUGACCACCAUGUUGGAGAAUGGAAACAGUCAGAAGGCUCGCUUUAGCUUCCCGGCCUUCCGCUUUGUCGAGCAGCAGAACCAGACCAUUUCCACCUACUACCUCCACUGCAUCACCAGACUUUGUGAAACCAGCACUUGCGCCCAGUUCAUGCAAUGCAACAGGAGGAGGAGACGAGACACGCAGACAGCGACAAUAAAAGAUGGCGUCUCGGACACCACCCUCAUCACCUCAGGACCUAUUAGGACUCAAGCAGACACAUGUAUGGAUCUCUUCUACCUCACUAGCAGCGCACAGAAGGCCAGUGGUAAUGGGGCAUCUGUAGGACUGGGCAUCGCUCUGGCCGUCCUCGUCAUUGUGGGCACCGUUGCUGCCCUCAUGGCCGUAUCAUUUUACCGCAAACUCAGGAUGCUGCGUUAACGUUCCGUGAUCCCAGAGUUCUUUUCAUGUAGGACCAAUACAACAGCACUGGUGGAGGUGGGAACUAGGGAUCCAUUUGAUUAAUAUCUGACUUUUAAAUUAAAAAGCUUUGUCGGCAUAGCAGACAACACGAUUGUCAUUUGAAAUGCAAAUAUUGCAACCAAAAAAAAUAUAUAUAUUAUAUAAUAACUUAUAUACUUAAGACGCAAAGUUUAAAUGAGCUACAUUUCAUUUUAAAACAAA